AUGUGUCAAAACAGAUGGUCUUCUACUUGUUUGUAUUUAGUGCCGGGAAAAUCCGUUCGCACGAAUGCGGGAACGGUCAAACGGAUUUUUCUAGCCCUUUGAAUCACAACCGUCGAACUUAUACCUACUAGCCUAAUAUCUAACUGUCCGACUUAUGCAUUUUUAACCGUCGAGUUUAUUAGUUAAGUUAGCAAAAUUAAUCCAAAUGAUUGAACUGUGAUCAGCGUAUAAUAGUGGAGGAACAGUGCUCAAAUUAGUUUAGUGUUCUCUAGUAAAGCUUUAAUAAUUGUGUUCAUGAAGUGCUGAUCGAAGGAUUCCCAGAAUCGAUUCCAGAAUGGAUCAGGAAGCAUUCCUCACUCCUCGUAAGAUCUUCCAGAAUGCGUUCAACGCGGCCAGGAGGUCAACGGCCAGUGCGCAUUCACCGUCCGUCAAGGCCUACACGCCAACAUCGCUGUCUCGGACGGCGGCCGGAACUAGUAGAAUAAAUUUACUUCCGGUCAUCCAGACACCACCCUCCAGAAUGGUCAAAGGCAAGGUGAUCAAUCCCUUCGAAGCACAUUUGACUGAUCGACUGCACUUGCCAGUUAUUUGUAGUCCUUCGCUCUUUCAACGGCCAAGUACUCCCCAAGGCGGUAGCGUCACGCAGUUCGAGUGGACAAUUGACGAAGUGAGCUAUCUGGGUCCGGCCAAUGUGGAAGCGCACGAAACACAAUUCAUGGAAACGCCAGACCCAGUGCUGGAAGCGAAGGCGCAAGCUGCAAUUAGUGCAUACUUUAAAGAUCACAGUAUAGUUCCUAGUCCCAUUGGCUGUCAACUGCGUAGCCAGAAAAUCCUACUGAAUGGAGAAUCUACUGCCAUCGACAGUUUCAUGGGCAGAAAGUCCAAACGGAAACGGGACGGAGUAACCCAAACUGUUUUAACUUUCCCACCGAUUUUACCCAAAGAAGUUGAAGACAUGCUGGCACCCUACUUCGGGUUCCAUGACAACCAACAGCAAACCCACGAAUCUAUCAACGAGUCUGAUGUAAGUAUCGAUCAUGAUGCACGAGAUGCUUCGCUCCGUAGGAAACUGUUCAACUGUACGACAGCGUCGACCGAUUCGGAGACUCGAGAUCAGGACGAUUCGCUUGACCAUCUGGAUAUGCAUUCACUUAGUCCGGCGCCCGUCACUCCGGAAGUCGACAAAGAAUCCGUGCAAAACUUGAAGCGAUCGCGUUGCUUUGGAUCUCAGGAAAUCAAGAUCGAUCGGGACGACAUUUCCCUCAGUCCCGUAGUGGACAAAGAGAAAGAAUCCUUCGGGGCGCUGUCACCCAUUUCCAAAAGCUCCACGUCACCUUCUCCGUUGAAGCCCAGUUCAAACUCCACCGAGAUACCGGAUCACGAUGCCAUCUACCGAAGCACACCGGAACGUCCGAAAAGUUUUGUUUUGGCGUUGAAUUGCAGCGCCAACAGUCACCACAUGUCCGUCGAUCACGGUGAAAGGCAAACCGACCUAACGGUUGAUUUCAACGAAGAGGAUCUCUCCUACGAAGACAACCCUCUAGCCUUGUCCCAAUCGUCUUCCUCGGUGGUUUCACAACAUCCGACCACGCCACUACGUCACACGCCCAGGGAAAGACGCCGCAACCGGAAGAACCUUUCCCGGUCCUUCCUGCUGUACUCGGACGAGGAUCGCUUUGAGGAGGAGCAACAAGAACAGCUACAACUAUCGAAGGAAUUCCACCAUAGGAGUUUCGCUGCCAUCAGCAGGGAUAAGGAGAACAUCGACAGCGCAAAGGGCUUUCGAUGUUUGGCCAAAUCGGUCCCGGAAACCAGCAGCGGUAACUUCUACCGCAUGGACAGUGGAUUCAACGAAGAGGAAACACGCACAAGUCAAGAGACUGUAGAAUAUGAGACUGAUGUUUCAAUGCAAUCCGAGUGCUGCGAAGGUGACCGGCAGACUCCGCAACGGUUCAAGAUCGCACGUUGGAAAAUGUCCGCCGCGGCCAAUUCCGACGGGCAGCAUCACACAGGUUGCUCGAUAAGACUGUAAAACAGUAAAUUUCUAAAUUGAGAUUUUAUUUUAGAUUACUAGGUAUUAUUGCAAAUGAAUCGAAGAACAUGAGCUAGAGUCUGUAAGGUAGUUUCAAUGAGACGUCGUACGAAAUGUCGAUUUUCUUAAUUUGUCACUAAAAGUUUGUUUGGUAAUUUUGCCGCAAAUUUGUUUCCUAUUUUUAUUUUAGUACGUAUUGUAAUUAUAUUUCGUUGCAUUGUAAACUACGACGUGCUACGUCCAUUAAAACGCUUUUUGUUCAUUAA